CAUAGAGUUGCGCUCACAGGCGGGGUCCUUGGUGCGGAACCAUAGAGUUGGGCCCACAGGCGGGGUUCUCGGUGCGGCGCCCCAGACUCCGGCGUUCCCCGCCCGCGUGGGAAGUCUACCUGGAGACUCAAGGCAGAGGGCAGGCGGCGGCCGGGCAGGGAGAACAGGGCUUCAGCGCGGGCUGGGUCAGGCACGUGCGAGGGCGCCUACCGAGGGCCUUCCCAGAGGCCCCCGCGCGCCGAGGGCCUGACCGGCAGCAGCGUCUUCCGCCCACGAGGCCGCGGCGAGAUGCCCAAGUCCAAGCGCGACAAGAAAGUCUCCCUAACCAAAACUGCCAAGAAGGGCUUGGAACUGAAACAGAACUUGAUAGAAGAGCUUCGGAAAUGUGUGGACACAUACAAGUACCUCUUCAUCUUCUCCGUGGCCAACAUGAGGAACAGCAAGCUGAAGGACGUCCGCAACGCCUGGAAGCACAGUCGGAUGUUCUUUGGCAAAAACAAGGUGAUGAUGGUGGCGCUGGGUCGGAGCCCGUCUGACGAGUACAAAGACAACCUGCAUCAGGUCAGCAAGAAGUUGAGGGGUGAAGUUGGUCUCCUUUUCACCAAUCGCAGUAAGGAGGAAGUGGACGAGUGGUUCACGAAGUACACGGAAAUGGACUAUGCCCGAGCAGGGAACAAAGCCACUUUCACUGUGAACCUGGAUCCGGGGCCCCUGGAGCAGUUCCCCCACUCCAUGGAGCCCCAGCUGAGGCAGCUGGGCCUGCCCACGGCCCUCAAGAAAGGUGUGGUGACCCUGCUGUCCGACUACGAGGUGUGCAGAGAGGGCGACGUGCUGACCGCAGAGCAGGCCCGCAAGCUUUUCGGGUAUGAGAUGGCUGAAUUCAAGGUGAGCGUUAAAUACAUGUGGGACGCGCAGUCCGGAAGGUUCCAGCAGAUGGGAGAUGACUUGCCCGAGAGCGCGCCCGAGUCAGAAGGAGAGUCGGAAGAGGAGGACGACGACAGCUGAGGGGCCGGGGCCCCGGGUCUCGCCAGGACAGACACGAGGCACUGCCACCGCCCUCCUCGAGAGCGGCCGUGCGUCUGCUGUGGAUGAGCAUGAGCAGCGGGGGCAAGGACAGACUGUUUUUCUAUAAAUAAUGAGACUGUGUCAUUCAGGCUGUCUUCUGCAAAAGGGACUUUUCUUGGGAAAAACAGCUAAAGACGCUGUGGGUUUGGGCUUUGGGUUGGACUCCCAGGAGUCUGGUCAUUCACCUCAAGCCAGUUUCCAGGACUGGCUCCUGCCUGGCCACGUGGCCGGGCGGCUCCGGGGGCCUGGGAGGAACCGCCUUCUCUCCGGCCUCAGCGGCCCUGGCUGGAAGCUGGACUUGCUGAGGGGAACAGGCACCUCGCCCGCCCGCUCCUGCCCCAGCUGUGUUCUCUCUCCCCACCCCUCCUCCCACACCCAGGCCAGGAAUCUUGGGGACGACCUGAAGACAGGAGGCUUGGCUAAGGCCAGAAUAAAGCCGCCGCUGAAACUGA